CCCCUCCCCCUUUUUGCUUGGCAGUUCUGCAUUGCAUCGCUUGGUAGUGAAGAAGCGAAAGAAAAAAAAUGUUCAAACUCCUUGGAUGUUGGGAUACACUAACCUAAACCUUACUUGGGUCUUCUGCUAUUCUGCUGUUUCUUUUUUGUUUGUUUUGAUUUGUUUUUUUUUUUUUCGCCUUUCCUCCACAUGUGAUAUUCUUGGAGUUUUGGCAAUUAGAAGCAUCAGGACCCUGGGUGACUAGGAGGAAACAUCACAACUGGAAGAUUGCUGGGGCCUUCCGUGACAUGUGUGGUGUUCCCCGGCUCACUAGAGUCUUUGUACAUCAGGGUGGACACUGGCAGUUUAGUUUCACUCAGCACUAGGGGGAAAGGAUUGGGAUUUUUUGGUUUGGUUGGGGUUUUUUUGUUUGUUUUUGUUUUUGCCAUUUUGUAUCUUUUUCUUUCUUUCUUUCUUUUUUCUUCCGGAUAUUCACCUCUUGCUUCUUUUGAAAAAGUGUGUCCCUCACCUCCUCCAAAGACAAACGCCUUUUUUCCUGCUAUGAUGGGCCUCUGGGCAUCAUGAACUUCAUUUUUCUACCCUGGCUGGAAUUCAGACUGCCCUUCGGUAGUUGUGCAGUGCAUUGACCAUGCACCUGAGAAUACACACAAGCACCUUGCCCAGACGGAGCUCGCCUCGCCGUCCUGCCUGGACCCUUGGGAUCUGGUCCCUCUUUUGGGGAUGUAUCGUCAGCUCUGUGUGGAGUUCUUCUAAUGUUGCUUCAUCCUCCUCUUCUUCCUCUCCAGUGUCUCACUCUCAGCAUGAGCACCAUUUCCAUGGCAGCAAGCAUCACUCAGUGCCUAUUUCUAUCUAUCGCUCCCCUGUCUCCCUUCGAGGAGGGCACGCCGGUGCUACAUACAUCUUUGGGAAAAGUGGAGGACUCAUACUCUACACCUGGCCUGCAAAUGACAGACCCAGCACACGUUCAGACCGCCUUGCAGUUGGCUUCAGUACGACAGUGAAGGAUGGCAUCCUGGUUCGAAUUGACAGUGCUCCAGGACUUGGUGAUUUCCUUCAGCUUCACAUAGAACAGGGUAAAAUAGGAGUGGUCUUCAACAUUGGCACAGUGGACAUCUCCAUCAAAGAGGAAAGUACUCCAGUAAAUGAUGGCAAAUACCAUGUUGUGCGUUUCACCAGGAAUGGCGGCAAUGCCACACUUCAGGUCGACAACUGGCCAGUGAAUGAACAUUAUCCCUCAGGCAACACUGAUAAUGAACGCUUCCAAAUGGUAAAACAGAAAAUCCCCUUCAAAUAUAACCGGCCUGUAGAAGAGUGGCUGCAGGAAAAAGGCCGGCAGCUAACCAUCUUCAACACUCAGGCUCAAAUAGCCAUUGGAGGAAAAGACAAAGGACGUCUCUUCCAAGGUCAGCUCUCUGGGCUCUAUUAUGAUGGCUUGAAAGUUCUGAACAUGGCAGCUGAGAACAACCCUAAUAUUAAAAUCAAUGGUAGCGUCAGGCUCGUGGGAGAAGUACCAUCUCUCUUGGGGACAACACCUACAACUUCCAUGCCACCUGAGAUGUCUACAACUGUCAUGGAAACCACCACUACAAUGGCGACUACCACAACUCGAAAGAAUCGCUCCACAGCCAGCAUUCAGCCCACAUCAGAUGACCUUGUUUCAUCUGCUGAAUGUUCCAGCGACGAUGAAGACUUUGUUGAAUGUGAGCCUAGUACAGGAGGUGAAUUAGUUAUCCCUCUACUUGUAGAAGACCCUUUAAAUCCCCCUCCUAUUGCUACUCGUGCACCUUUCAUUACACUCCCCCCUACCUUUCGCCCCCUCCUCACCAUUAUUGAGACCACCAAAGAUUCCCUGUCCAUGACCUCUGAGGCGGGGUUACCUUGCUUGUCGGACCAAGGCAGCGAUGGUUGUGAUGAUGAUGGCUUGGUGAUAUCUGGGUAUGGCUCAGGGGAAACCUUUGACUCUAACCUGCCCCCUACUGAUGAUGAAGAUUUUUACACCACCUUCUCCUUGGUAACAGAUAAGAGUCUUUCCACUUCAGUCUUCGAAGGUGGCUACAAAGCACAUGCGCCCAAGUGGGAAACCAAGAACUUUAGACCUAACAAAGUCUCCGAAACUGGUAGGACUACUACUACCACAUCUUUGUCCCCUGAGCUGAUCCGCUCCACAGCUUCCUCCUCGUCUGGGAUGGUGCCCAAAUUGCCAGCUGGCAAAAUGAAUAACCGUGAGCUCAAACCCCAGCCUGAUAUAGUGUUGCUUCCGUUGCCCACUGCCUAUGAGCUAGACAGCACAAAGCUGAAGAGCCCACUAAUUACUUCCCCCAUGUUCCGUAAUGUGCCCACAGCAAACCCCACAGAGCCAGGAAUCAGACGGGUUCCGGGGGCCUCAGAGGUGAUCCGGGAGUCGAGCAGUACAACAGGAAUGGUCGUCGGCAUUGUGGCUGCUGCCGCCCUCUGCAUCUUGAUCCUCCUGUACGCCAUGUACAAGUACAGGAACAGGGACGAGGGGUCCUAUCAGGUGGAUGAGACGCGGAACUACAUCAGCAACUCAGCCCAGAGCAACGGCAUGCUCGUCAAGGAGAAGCAGCAGAGCUCAAAGAGUGGUCAUAAGAAACAGAAAAACAAGGACAAAGAGUAUUAUGUGUAAAAUUGAAAAAUAAAAAAUAAAACAAUUAAAAAAAGAAUUAUUUAUAUAUAAAUAUAUAAAUACUUAAAAAAAAGAUUUAACAGCUAGAAGAACUGUUAUACCUAUAAUGAGAUUGGGAGCUACAGUUGGUGGGGAAAAAAACAAAACAAAACAAACCCAACAACACACACAAAGAUAUAUAUGUAAAUAUAUAUUUAUUUUCAGACAUGGCUGUUAUGUAUCAGCCAUGACCUGGAGACAGAGAAGUCUGCCCUACUGUAUCAUAAAGCAUACUUAGCGCUCUGGAGCAGACAGAUAGCUCCACCACUUAGCUGGACAUUGAAGUUUCCAUCUCUUUUGUGGACCUUUGGACAAAAGGUAGAAGACUUCAUGGCUUACUUGUUUCAUAACUCCAAGUGAGUCCCUAAUGAUGUUUGUGACCCUUGACUGUAUCAAUGAUUUUUCAGUUUUAUUAUUUAAAAAAAAAAGGAGAAAAAAAUGAUUUAAAAACAAAACAAAACAAAAACAACAACAGCAAACUGAUCUGGCCCCAGCCAGUAUGUGUGUAACUUUUCGAGAUCUGAGGGGAAAAACAAAACAAAACAAAACCGUGGCUUUUGGGUUUUUUGUUUAUUUUUUUGAGACUAAGACUGGACAUGAGUUGACAAGAAAAAAUUCAGAAAAAAGUGAGAGACUAUUGCCAUAUAUGAACUCAAAAACUAUACAUGGUGUUCACUCUACAUAUCAGGUUGUGGUGUGUCUAGAAUCAAUCAAUUGUUUGUUUUCAGUGAGAUGCUUUGCUGGAAAUGCAGCAAAUACAUGAGAUGGUGAUGAUGUGAGGUUUAAAGCAGGUACCCUAGGAUCUGACUCCAGUAUUUGCAGACCAAACUCUUUGAACAUAUGGGUUUAGGUCUGGUUUCAUCAGGGCUAUUGGCUUUAUCGACAAUACUGUUCAAAUGCAUUAGCACAGUCAAAUUGUGGUCAAGGGGGAAAAGGUCAGCUGUUGGGAGCUGAAACAACCCACAAAUUUAAAAUGAGCCUUUCCUGGGGAAGUGGGGGGGAGGGAGCCUGGUUCCAUGAAUGAUUGCAAUGCAUGCAAAAAUAAAAAGAAAAGAAAAUUUUUUUUAAAAAUCAGUUAAUCAAAACAGACAAUAUGGGAGUUCAACUUGUGACAGAAUAACAAAAGGUCACACAAGCCAAACACAUCAUGAAAGAGUACAAAAUGCAUAGUUUUUUUUUCCAACAUGUUUUUCAUAUGUAAUUUUAAUUUUGUAGCUUGACACUUACAAAUAACUCUGUCCUUCCAUUUGCCCAUUCCCCUGAUCCUCUCUUUUAUAAAAAUAAAUAAAUAAAUGAAUGAAUAAAGCUGCUGUGACACACACAAAGGAAUUUAAUAGUAUAAUAUAUAUAAAAAUAUAUACAGAUAUAUUUAUCAUGGUAUGUUUGAUGGGACGACUGGAAAGGAAAAUCUGUUAAAAGUCUUGAAGUAGAAUGAGAAUGUUGUUUUAAAAAGAAAAUAACAAAACAACAAAAAGUAAACCUUAAAAAUGUGAAGAUGGUGUGAGUUUUAGUUUUGUCACAGUCACCUGUGUCAAAAGAAAAAAAAAUCUCAGAUUCUGUUUACAUCUUUUGCUAUUUUUUUUUGCUUGUGUAAUUUCUUAGAUAGCCACCUAUGUACAUACUGCUUUAAGGUUUUACUGUUCUUUUUGUUUCUAUUUGUUUCCUUUUUAAUUUUUAUUUCUUGUUUUUUGAAAGGGGGUAACUUAAUGUAUAGAAAAAUAAAAUUGGUUGUGUGGCCAUGGCUAUUGCAUACAAAAAGCAAGAAAAACAACACAAACAUAACAAAACAAAAUGAAGACUGGAAUAUCAGAAAUAUAAAUUUUCUUUGUGUACAGAUGAAAACCAAUCAGCUGUCUAGAUUUAGAAAUCUAUUCUUGCUGGUGUUUGUAAGUUGCAUGAAUAUUUGACUUUGAAGAAAUAUCCAGGAACAACAACAACAAAAAAGUAUUCUAAAAUGAAGAUAGCUUUCCAUAAUGCAUAUGGAAAGAGAUGUUCCUGGUUAUCUGAUCCUUUCGAUAUAAAUGUUUGGGGAUUCUUUUGGAUUUCUUUUUGUUUAAGAUUUUUAAAAGAAAGGUUAAAAAUGUAUGAAAGCACAGUUUUAAAGAACUUAAAUGGCCCAACCUAUAUGAAAUUGAUUAUAUCUUGAUGUCAGUAAAAGAUUGCUGUUCUUGGAGUCUUGGAGUCUUGGAGUCUUGUGAAAUGAUUUUCCUGCUUUCUUUUCCAUUUUUUUUUCCUUUUUGAGUAAACACAAUCUUUGUUCUGUUCUUUUUUUGUGUAAGUUUCUAUUUGGACAAUUUUUUGGAAACAUGUGCAUCCUGUAUGUGGGCUUCUACCAUAUCCCUGUUUUAUGGACAAAAUCUUAAGGAAUUUAUUUUAUGUUGUUGUGAUGUUACUGCUUUUUUUCUUUUUCCUUUUCCUCUUUUCUUUAUUUCAUAUUUGCAUUUUUGUUCAAGGAUAUGCUUAGCAAUAAAAUGUUCUUCCCAAAGCCCUGGAA